GAGCCACUGUAGGCAUGUGGCUGCAUUUCCUGAAUCAAAGAUCUUCCUUCCAGGCUCACCAUUUGAUCUGUCCUUCGAUUUAAACUCUUAGCCACAAUGCCUGCUGAUUACAAUGGAACGUGGGAAAUGGAAUCCAAUGAAAACUUUGAAGCCUACAUGGUUACUUUAGAUAUUGAUUUUGCCACUCGUAAAAUUGCAAAACAUCUGAAACAAACAAAGGAAUUUAUUCAAGAUGGAAAUAAUUUCAAGACAAAAACACUGAGCACUUUCAGGAACUAUGAACUAAAUUUCACUGUUGGAGUGGAGUUUGAAGAACACACCAAAGGGCUUGACAACAGAGUGGUAAAGACACUGGUGACUUGGGAUGGUGAUAAACUAGUGUGUAUCCAGAAAGGAGAGAAGAACAACAGAGGCUGGAAACACUGGAUUGAAGGAGACAAACUGCAUCUGGAACUGACUUGUGAAGACCAGGUGUGCCAUCAAAUAUUUAAGAAGAAAAUGUAAACUGACUGGAAAUCCAAACUAGAUUAUCAUCAUAUUCUUACAUUUUCUUUAAAAAAAAAAUGGAAUCACUGCUUGUCCCUGCCAUGUACAUACAAAAACAUAUUGUAACAACAACAUGGAAGCAUUUAUGUAUGUUGUAAGGCUUCAUGCUUUUCAAUUUGGAGUUAAAUAAAAAUAGUUGUUCCAAUAA